GGAUGUGUAUGAAGCACGAUAAACUGCUUGAGCUGUUCUGUAAGACCGACCAGAUGUGUCUCUGCAUGCUCUGCACAGUUUUGGAUCACAAGUCACAUGAUGUUGCACCUGUGAAAGAACAAUAUGAAAGAAACCUGGCCAAGCUGGGUAAGACAAGGGCUAUAAUUCAGCAGAUGAUCAAGACAAGACAAUUUAAGAUCCAAGAGUUCAAAGAUUCAGUCAGCAUCAGCAGGGAAAUUGCAGACAGAGAGAUAGCAAUCAGAAAUCAUGUCUUCACCAAGCUGAAGGAGGCUAUUGAGAGACACCAGGCCAAACUUAUUGAGUCAACUGAAGAAAAGCACAGAAUGACAGAGAAACAGGCUGAAGGCUUCAUCAAAGAGAUGGAACAGGAAAUCUCUGAGCUGAAGAAGAGAAGCUCUGAGCUGGAGCAGUUCUUACUCUUAGAAGACCACCUUGACUUCCUCCAGAACUUUUCAUCCCUGGAUGCUGCUCCACCCACCAAGAACUGGACAAAGGUCAAAGUCUGUCCACCUUCAUAUGAGGGGACUGUGGGGACAGCUGUUGAUCAGUUGGUGGAGAUGGUCAAAAAACAGGUCAAGAAGUUUCUCAAGGAGUCUGAGAUGAAGACAGUCCAGCAGUAUGCAGUGGACGUCACACUUGAUCCUGAUACAGCAAAUCCACGACUCAUCCUGUCUGAAGAUGGGAAACAAGUAAGUGAUGGUACUGUGUGGAAGGAUCUCCGACAUAACCCAAAGAGAUUUUCUCACGGUGUCUGUGUCUUGGGGAAGCAGUUUGUUUCUUCAGGAAGAUUUUACUUUGAGGUUCAGGUGAAAGGAAAGCCUGAUUGGGGUUUAGGAGUUGCUGCAGAGUCAGUCAACAGAAAGGGGCCAAUCACUGCAAGCCCAAACAAUGGUUACUGGACGAUACAUUCAAGGAAAGGAAAUUUCUGCCAUCUUUUUACUGAGUCCUUGGUCCGUCUCUCUCAGAAGUCGAAGCCUGAGAAGGUGGGGGUGUUUGUAGAUUAUGACGAGGGUCUGGUCUCCUUUUAUGACGUUGAUGCUGCAGCUCUUAUCGAUGCCCAUAUUGGCUGCUCCUUCACUGGAAAACUCCACCCAGUCUUUCUUCCCUGUGCAAAUCAGGGUGGUAAAAACUCUGCCCCUCUGAUCAUCUGUCCUGUCAACCCUACUUAGUGGAAUGACAUGUCAUGUUCCGCAAAAAGACUGACUUUGAGAUGAGGUGAGAGGAACUUUCUUAAUACGGACGGAAAUUCAUGCAGUUACAGAUCUGAUGUUUGAUGUAA